AUAAAAGCCAUAUCUAAGCCAUCUUCCCAACUUGUUCUCUGCCAACGAAAUCUUCUACAUGGCUUCACCUCCUCCUUACAGUGGCUCUGGUCCUAAUCCGAGAGAGCUUCCUCCGGGCUGGACGUCCCAGUGGGAUUCCAAUUACAAUGCAUGGUUCUAUGUGAACACGCGUGAAAAUCCUCCCCGAUCGUCAUGGGUCCACCCCUACGCUACCGCUCCCAGCAGGUCUCCCCCGCCUCAACAAUUCGCACCUGCCAUGGGUGCCCCUCCUAACCGUGAAUUCAAUCGCUCGCCUUAUGGCGAGUACAACCAAGGCGGUUGGCAGAACCAGCCUCCACAGCAGUAUGGCGGUGGUCCCCCUGGAGGCUACGGUACUGGUUAUCAGCCUUCCUACGGAGGGCCUCCCGGUGGUGGAUAUGGAGGACCUCAAGGUGAAUAUCGUGGAAACCCCGGUGGGUAUGGUGGGCCUAUGGGUGGUUAUCCGCAGGAGCAAGAAAGAGGGUUCUUUGGAGGUGGUCAGUCCCGUCCAACUUAUCAGCAGCAGCCUCCAGCACCCCCCAAGAAGUCUGGUCCCGGUAUGGGGACUGCUCUAUUAGAGGUGGCGCUGGACUCGUUGGAGGCGCUCUCCUUAUGGAUGCAUUCGAAGAUCAUAAUGAAGAUGAGCGGGAAGAAGGCUACGAUCAAGGCUUCCAAGAUGGCGCAGACGAUUAUGGAGGAGGAGGCUAUGACGAUAAUGGCGGUGACAACUGGUAAAGCCGCCAAACAUAACUUGACGUGAUUUUUAUGCAUCCCUAUAUCUUGACGCGUUCUAUUGUUGAACUAUUAUCUCCCAUCAUCAGUCUCUUGUAGAUUUGUACACCAAACGUGUUUACUUGGUAAAUAUCUUUAUGUCUGUUACGUUUCUCCCUCUUUAUGUUUCUGUUGCAUGGUCGUAUCGAACAAGUCCUGUAUGAACGCAAUCGCAAGAUAACACUUCUGAGUGGUUUAUAUAGCUGGCGGUGCAUCCAAUCCUGUAAAUUACCGAUCGGAAGAACUUCAUGGUGGCCCACCGCUGCCAUUUGGCUGUACUGCCGUUUAUGGUUGUCGU